AUGAAUCGAAUAAUUUUACUACAUUUUUUAUUUACCCUGGCAUACGGAGCUAGCCAACAAAGAUAUGGUGUAACAAAUCAGUACCCAACAUACACAACAGUAGCCAGUUUAUACAACGAAAAUCAGUUUCCCUAUAAGACAAAUUAUGGCAGUGACGUUGCCUCAUUCCCAGAAGCUACUAGGUAUCCCAACUAUAACUCCGCAUACUCGACGGUAACUCCUUAUCCGUAUAACUCAGCUGGAUCGAAUAACAACUAUCAGUCGGGUUACACGACGCCUAACUACGGAUCGAAUCAAAACUAUGGUUAUGGUCAAGGAUACAGUGGCCAGUCGUUCGGCCAAGGCGUCAGUACAUAUGAGAUGCCAUUCAUGAAGUAUAAUGAAGGUUACUGUGUUAACCGAUCUCCUCAGAACGGUAUCUGGGUGGAUAGUUUGACCGGCAUGUGGUAUGGAGUGGAAUUUAUCCAGCACUUGGCAGGAGACGCCAGAGUAGAUUAUGACAGAACAUGCAUCGUCAUACACAUAUCUGAACCCGCUGAUCAACCGAAUACAGAGAAUCCUCCUCACCACGUCCAGCACAUGACUGCUCGUUUUCGUCAGGAGUUCAGGAAUCUUCGUCUUCUGUGGGACGAAGCCGGUCAGACCAUUGAAUACGCCAUGUACUUUAGGAACGACUCCGCGGGAUAUUGGCAAGUGUUCCACGGACAGAACGGAACAUUAACUAUAAGACCUAACUACCAACAGUUCGAUGGAACAGUCCAAGUUUUAAAGGCCGUGAACGAUCACCUGGUUCUCAACUUCUGUCAAGAGGCAUCCAAUGGAAGACCAGCCCAACUCUACACGGUUCUCUUCUCAAGGGAACCAGGCGCGAUGCUGAGGUGGGAAAUAGAAUCAGUUCACGCGUUACUCCAGAAUAAGAAGCUAUCAGUUGCUUCCAGGAGAAUGGUCUGCGGGAAUGGCGCCGACAAACCGAUAUUGAGCGUGCUUUUUUCGUUAAUAUCGUGCUUAUUUGUGUUUCUAGUAAGAUCAUAUUAA